UGCAUUGAAGCAACUCAAGCAAUGGCAGACAGGUGUACAUACGAGACAGCUUGCUCUAGAAUGGGUGCCACCUUUUCCAUGCCCCGCGUGGGUGCCUAGCUGGUGUUGAUCUGUGUGCUGUUUGCCUUCAUGUGCGCGUUUCCGUAUAUACCACUCGUGCGUAGUUGUGGCCUCGUGGCAAGCCAUCACAUCUGUCGUGCUUGGUCGGUACGCUGUGGAACAGCGGAAGACGCCAGGAACAGGCGGCGAACAUGGACAACUCCUGGGCGAGGGAGUAGAGAACGACAUCUUGAAAAGACGCCCGCAAAUUUCGGUAGCCAUAGACGACGAUGUGAGAUAGUAGAGAGGUUUGUUUGAAGAGAACGGCGCGAGUCGUGACCUUGUGGACGAGGACUCCAGGGCUUUGUUUGACAUCAAGUA